AUAGGGCAGAGCACGAGCGGAGCGCUGAGAGGAAACCCAGCCGGAGGAGCAGAACGAUGGCGAGCCGCCGCCGCUGAUGAUGAUGAUGAUGAUGAUGAGAGUUGGGACGCACUAACCCCGUCGCUACAAACGCAGCUGCUGCCUGACACACCGGCCUGUAUUCAUUCACCUGAACCCUUUACGCCCUGCGGAGCGGGAGGAGAGGAGUGGAGCUAAAACAAAAAAAGAGCGCAGUUUUGGUGUCGUCGCUGCCAGGAAAUCUUUGACAUUUUUUCUCACGAAUUCCCUUUUCUUUCUGCCCUCUUGCCUCGGACUACCACAGGUAGACACUCAUGGGCAGCCUGGGUGUUUGGGCCGUGGCCGCUCUGCUGGGAACCUCAGGGUGCUGGCUGGCUGAAGGGCACAAGAGCAGCAGGCGAGGCAGCGCUGAUACAGCCACAAUGCCACGUACCUCCUACCAGGAACCACGCUCCACGGAGAAGGGGAAAGUGGACGGGAACAUCGAUCAAUCCCUCUCUGACCCUGACGGAGAUCCCUGCCGUAGGACUUACUGCGGUCGGGGGCGACAGUGUGUGCUGAUGGCAGAAACCGGCCGCGCAGAGUGCGUUUGCCAGGAGAAAUGUCGGCCCUCCUUUGUGCCGGUGUGCGGCUCGGACGGCAGGUUCUACGAGAACCACUGCGAGGUUUACCGCACCGCCUGCCUGGAGAGGAGACGGAUCUACGUGGUGCACAGCAAGGACUGCUUCUUCAAAGGCAACGCAUGCACCAUGUCAGAGUACAACAGGCUGAAGAGCAUGCUGCUGGAUAUGCAGCCCAAAGCGCUGAAAACUGGAGAGCAGAACCAGCAGAGAGACAUGGAGGAGAAGCGAGCGCUGGUGGACACUAUGUUCAAAUACCUGGACACAGACGAGGACGGACGGCUCGUCGGUGAUGAGCUGGAGAAGAUCUCGAUGAAGGAGCACCUGGAGGACAGCCUGCUGGAGUGCACCAUGCAGGACCUGCUGCGUUACGACGACUACAACAACGACGGACACCUCAGCCUGCACGAGUUCUACACAGCUUUCCAGGUAGUCCAGCUGAGCCUGGCGGAGGACCAGUUGUUCAGCGUCUCCACAGUAACAGUGGGCCUUAGUGCCGUCCUUACCUGUGCCAUCCAGGGGACGCUGCGUCCGCCAAUCAUCUGGAAGAGGAACGGCAUCAUACUAAACUUCUUGGACCUGGAGGAUAUCAACGACUUUGGAGACGAUGGCUCCCUGUACAUCACCAAGGUGACAACCAUCCACAUGGGGAACUACAGUUGCCAUGCCUACGGCUACGAGGACCUCCAUCAGACACAUGUGCUGCAGGUGAACGUCCCUCCGGUGAUCCUGGUCUAUCCAGAGACGCAGGCCCAGGAGCCCGGCGUAUCUGCCAGCCUCCACUGCCACGCCGACGGCAUCCCGAAUCCCAAACUGCUCUGGCUGAAGAACGGCAUGGACCUGCUGCCCAGAUCCUCCAAACAGCUCUCUCUCAUAGCGAAUGCAAGUGAGCUCUUGAUUGGCAGCGUCCGGUACGAGGACACCGGCGCCUACACAUGCAUCGCCAAGAACGAGGUGGGAGUGGACGAGGACAUCUCCUCUCUGUUUGUCGAAGACUCGGCCAAGAAGACACUUGCAAACAUUCUGUGGAGAGAAGAAGGGCUGAGUGUGGGGAACAUGUUCUACGUGUUCUCUGAUGAGGGCAUCACCGUCCUUCAGCCCAGUGAAUGUGAGAUACGCAGACACAUGAAGCGGACAGAGAGGAUCGUUGCUACCUAUGAGGAGAUGUGCCCUAAAGGAGAGGGGGUGUCACCUCAGCACUGCGUGUGGUCCUCAGCAGUCAACAUCAGGGAUAAGUACAUCUACGUGACCCAGCCCCUCCUGAGCCGACUGCUGGUCGUGGACACUCAAGCACAGAAGGUGGUGCAGGCUGUAACAACAGAUCCCUUUCCAGUCAAGAUGCUCUAUGACAAGUCACAUGACCAGGUGUGGGUCCUAACGUGGGGGGAUAUGGACAGAACACACCCAACUCUUCAGGUAAUCCCUCAGGCCAGUGUGGGAGAAGUACAUCACGCCAUCCGCACAACUUUCCAGAGGGUCAGCGACUUCUUCAUUCCUCCAACCAACCUCAUCAUCACCCACGUGAGGUUCGCCUUUGUCUUCCUCAAAAAUGAACCUGCGGUGCACAAGAUCGACCUGGAGACCUUCCACCGCGUCAAGACCAUCAGCCUGAGGAACUACAGCUGCGUACCCGUCAGCAUGGCCUACACACAUCUGAGCGGCUUCUACUUUGUCCAGUGCCAGAGCAAGAACCGCCUCCAAGCCCCACCGCAGCUCCUCAUCGACAGCGUGACGGACACAGUGAUCGGUCCAAACCUAAACAUCACAGGGCAGCCGUUUGUAUCGCCGGACGGCCGCUACAUUGUGACGCCUGACCUGGAGACCUCAAAGCUGAUGGUACAGACAGUGUCUUUCCAGGGCGAGCUGGGUCUGAGCCAUGAACUGGACGAGCCCGUAGCUGUCUCUGAUCUGGCUUUCCAGCCGUCCUUCACGGAGUCCAACCAGCACGUGGUUGUCGCCACCUCGGGCUCAGGCACGGACCUGCUAUUCGCCGAUCUGUCCUCGGGCCGCACUGAGGUUCUCCGGAGCCUCAAGGAGCCCCUGGCCCCCCAAGCCUGGCCCUGGGGAGGCCCCAACCGAGUGGUGGUCUCCAGCGGAUUGUUCGGACAGUACCUGGUGACGCCGUCAGCCGAGUCCCUCUUUGUCCUGAACGGCAAACAGAGAACGCCACACUGCGAGGUAUCAGACAUCAAGAGAGGGAACACAGUUGUCUGGGUCGGCGAGGUAUGAGUCAAACAGAAAAACAGAAAGCCAGAGACGUAGGAUUAGGGACAGACAUAAAUGGUAUUAAAAAAAAAGGAAAGGUCAGGCCAAAUGACCUAUUGUAAGAUUUAUGUGAACAUAAGUUGUGGACUCAACCCUGGGACUGAGCAAGAGGGAUACAUGCCUGGGUUUAUUGUAACAAAAGUACACUUAAAAAUACAGUAAUUGAGAAAACAUUAAGAAAACCUGUUGUGAUAUUUCUAUUGGGAGAAAGUGUCAAUGGCGUUCAGUGCAACAGUGAUCUAUGUGCACUCAACUAUACAGAAUUGUACAUUAUUGCACUUCCUUCCAUGUUAUCACAGCAAAUAGGCACCUGAAGAGGGGUUAUUAACGAACUAUGAACUAUGCACAAUGCUCACUUUUUUUAGAGUAAAAAGCUUUUCCGAUUUUGUUUUUCUCAACAAUGUUUGUCGUUCUCACCAGUGCUGCAUAUAAUCACCACAAACCGUCCGUCUGUCCUGUCUGCCUUUAGUGUAUGUGUGUUCUGAGUCCUUUUAAAAGCUACCAGCCCGUCCGUUUAUUGGCCUCUGUCACGGUAUUGUACUGUUUCCUCCCUCUGAAAGCUUUCAUUCUCCUCAUGCUGGCAGAGGUUGGCUUUAUGCACACGUGUAAUACCCUCUAUUUGCAUUGUCUAUCCAAAGAGCUCGAUCGGUCCAUUAGCCGUCGUCAGUGGAUGUUUCGCUUGCUGAGGGAGCCUAACCAGAAAUGAACAGUACAUCUUGUGGUCUCUUGCAAUGGUACAAUCUGUCUCCCACUGUCUCACAUUCAUUCUGUACCUGCAGCACAACUCUGUGCUGCGGAGCCUGAAAAUGCCACUUAGCAGAUUCCCUCAGGGUAAUGACUUCAGUUUACGCUGACCCCACAUGCUGAGGCUGUGCCAAAGUGGCAUCAGCUCCGCUAUCUGACUGGCUGUGAGCAUUUAUUCUUCCUCCCAGAGAGCCGUGCAUCAACAUUCAACUCCAAGGCAGGUAGACCAUACUCGCCAUGUGGUAGUUCUUGAGCUUCUAAAGGACAGGAACAGUUUCUGUAUAUUUAGCAACACACACUUGUUCUUUGGGGAUUUGUCAUUUGUAUCUGGAGAGCAGCCACAUUUACACAGGACAGAAUGUCUCAGAACCAAUCAGCCCGUUUCAAAACUAGGGAUACAUUUUUACAGACAUUAGCGUUACAUUCUGUUUCAAACAUUCUUCCCGUUUCCAGGAAUACUUGUUAAAUUACUAAAAUGACAACAUUUUUACAGGUUUUAAACCUAAUUUUGGAAAACAACAGUAUUAUCUGUGUGGAGGCAGUAACCGAAUAAACACCAGCAACUCUUCGUCCUUCAAAAUAGCAGAUAUGUUUUCUCUCUUUGGUCGAAUCUAUGUUUCAAUAAGCUCAUUCCCAUUGCAAGCAAAAUUAGUUUUCUCCCUAAAUACGUAUUUAAAUAAUUAAUCAUAUCAGGUUGCUACUAAUUUUAAUAUUUGAAAACUAUCAACUACCCACAUUAUGUUUCUAGAGCUGUCUGGGCUCUACGAAUAGUCAGAACAUCUAAAUCUAUCUUAACUGAGCUUUUGUUGCUCGAGCAAAUCAGCUAAAAACAAAAAACUAAAACUAUGUCAACUUGCUUUUAAAUUAAAUCAAAUAACAGACAGUGGACUAUAGAAAGAGGAAACACUUCCUUGAUCUUGGAAAGCUCUCUUGUACACGAUAUGUAAUCACUGCACAAAUACUCACAGCCUUUAGGAUUCUGCAGUUGCUGACCUUCUCUUGGCGCGCCAAACAUGUUCAAAAGAAGAGAGAUUCAAUGAUACUUCUCUCUAAAGUAUUUUUAGAGUCCUCAGACCAAAAACUCUAACUUUAUCGUGUACAAAAAGUCAGAGUCCUUUGAGUAAAGUGUACUGCUGACAUUACAGCUGGAGUCUUGUGAAUGGAGUAAAUCUGCUCAUGUAGUCUGUUUGUUUCUUCUCCCAGAAACAAACAGCAGCCCAAAUGAACUAUUAAUCAUCACCUCCUAACACAUAGCUGUGCCUGUAACUCCCCCAAUGCGAUGCAAUGUGUAAGGUAGAAACCGUGCUGUGUGAGAGAAGAUAGAGGUGAACAUAGGAGUGAAGCAAAUCGGUCGUUCUCGUUUGUGAUUUAGGUAUUUGCUGCUAAUCUGCCGUGAAGAUAUGCUCUGGCAUGAAAGCCUGUUUGAUGAACUUUCUGAAGGCGAUGACGUAACGAUAGACCACUGUUGCACUGAGGAGAGAAGUACACGAAACUGACAUUGUUUGUUGGAUGGAAAUUUGUUAAAUUGGUAGCCCAGUUUUCUCACUGUAUCAAUGAAAAAAGUUAAAAUGUUAAAAAAAAGUUGAGUUCUGACGCUUCCUAAAAUCCCUCUCCCAUCCAACGUCACUCUACCUGAGUCCUAUACAGUAUCGGACUACUCCGAGACAUGCAUGUAACACAAACAGACCUUCUUCAUGACCACCGUAGACCCCUCAGUGAUCUCUCAUUGUCACACUUUUCCGCCCUCUCGUCGUCACGUCCGUCAGCUGAUCUCUCAGAUCAGCUUCAGCAGUAUGACAUCGCUACUAGAGCCAAGGAGAGCAAGAGCAAAGAGGCCGCGCCUGCAUUCGCUGAUGUAACUACACUAUUGACUAGCUCAUGUUGUUCGUGUGGAUCUACCUUCAGUGUCACAUGACUAUUUACGUCCCUCUCCCUGAAGCGCUAUGUGACGGGGCUGCAGAGCUGAACCGCUUGAUGUGAUAGACAUUGAUAGGAACCACUGUUGUAGAUAACAUUGUUCAUGUUUAAAACACGUUCAGACAUGACUAAACUGACUGUACAGUUUUCUUUAUGCAUUUUGUGUGUUCUGGUUUAUGAGGGAAUUGUUUUGUAAGAAAAAAUCGAAUUAAAUAUAUUGUAAAAAUCA